CAGUUUGCUGUUGUUUACAAGGCCCGAAACAACCAGGAUGUGAACCGAGAAGAAAUCAUUAAAACACUUGCUUCACUGGUAACUAUGAACGGGGACUACCCUCAUCGAGUAGAUCUUCUUAAUCCUGAUCUCACCAUUGUCGUGGAAAUAGUGAAGGGUAAUUUUUGUGUCAGUGUUGUAAAAGACUUCAACAAACUCAAAAGGUACAAUAUCCAGUCAAUCGUGGGACUAUCAGGAGAUAAAGCUGAAGGAAACACUGAAGUAAAAGAAUCCGAGAACUAACUUGCACAUUAGCUGCUAGUUGUACUUGCACCAUUAGGGAUAGGGAAUUUUGUUCAUCUCUUAUCUAAGAUUGACCUUGAUUAUGACAUGUGACG